AUGACAAUAUCAUCGGAUUCAGCAAUAUUUAAAAGGAUAUUCACCUUAAUGAAGAAAUAUUAUAAUUAUGCUGAAACUGAGAAAUGUAUGGAUAAGUUUGGAUUUCUGGCAAAUCGAGAUGAGGUGACACAAGAGAUCAUGAAUUCCUUAUACAUCGAACAAUUGAUGAGUGAAUUAUUAAACACUAAUUCAAUCAAAUACUGGUCAGAAAGUUGUCAAAGCAUUAAAUGUCUCAUAAGAGACUACGGAAUUCCUAAUGCUAUUAGGGCUCAAAUUUGGCUCAUAUUUAUCAAAUCCAAAAUAGGCGAUGAGUUGGACAUUAAAAACAUCUUAAAUGAAGCGUCAAAUUAUAAAGACGAAGAAUUACUGGAAUCCCAUAGCGAUGUGUUUCGUCAAAUAGAUUUGGAUGUGAAGCGAACGGUUCCCAAUCAUAAUAUGUUUGCCAGCGAUGAUAAUGGGAUUACAAAAUUACGAAAUAUUCUCAUUGGAUACUGUAUUUGCGUUAACCCGUCAGUCGGUUAUUGUCAGGGAAUGAAUUUUAUUGCAGCUCUUCUUCUCAUUGUAUUUGAUGGCAAUGAAGAGCACUCUUUAAUGGGUUUAAUAGCAAUCAUUGAUCACUAUUUUCCUCCUCAUUAUUAUGAUCAUCAUUUAACAGGCGUUCGAGCGGAUCAGAUGCUUCUCAAAGAUCUGAUAACAUGCAUGACAUCCGACAAUAAACUUCAUUUCAACGAACAGAUGCUCGAAGAGAUCACAAAUGCUUUGUCUCUCAAC